GGAAGAAGAAGUGGGAAAUAAACAAGGUGGUUUUUAAUUUAUUAAACAAUUUUUUAAUUUAUUAAACUAUUUUUUUGUUUAUUUAACUUUUUUUUUUAUUAAAAGGUCUCAAAGUCGAUGAACGACACGGUCUGGAAGGAGUUGUGUGUGCAUUGGGAUAAAGAAGAGACUUCUUCCACCAACUCCACCAACCGCAGGAACGAUCGUAAAGGGAAGGACGUCUUCAAGUAUAACUUGGAUGCUCAAUCUAUUGCCACUCUGGGGGAUCGCAUGGUAAGUUCAGCCGCUUUUUCUUCAAUUAUUUAAGUUUUGAAAUUUUAUUUUUUGUGCAUUUCUUCUAAUUUCUAAUGUUUGUUUAAUUUAUGUUUUUUUCAAGGCGGAAGAAAAUGAUAGCGAACCGGUUGAUGAUCUCGCCCUAAUGAAAAGGGGGUAUACCAACAAGAAGACCGGCCAGAUUGAUGAUGGUCUUGUGAGGGACAUGGUCACCCUGGUCUAAACUCAGGUGCAAGACGAAGUGUCUCAGCUUCAAACCGAGGAUGACGAUUCGACGGCUUCGACCAACUUGUCUCGGGUUCGAAUCAACGAAAUCGUUGAAUCGGUAAGUUCUUUUUUUUAAAGUUCAAUUCAUUUAUUUCUUGUUUUUUAUUUUAUCAUCUUUUUAUAUUAUUUAAAUUUGGCUAUUUUCUAUUUCAGUCGGUUCCAAAGAUGAAGGGACGUUUGGUCGGUUUGGGUCAUCGCUCCCGGUGGGCUGCUCUCUUUUCUGCACCACCGCCCUUUGUUGAUCCAGAAGUACUUACGGCUCAGUUGAAGGACAAGGAUGAUCGCAUAUCUAUGUUGGAGACCCAGAUGACGGCUCAACAUGCGGGCUAUGAGGCACAGAAGAGGCUGAACGAGCAAAUGAUGGAGAUGAUGAAGAGGAUGUACCCGAACGUGAAAGACCCGUAGUUUUUUUUUUUUCAAAAACUCGGAAUGUUUUAUUUUUAUUUGUACAACUUUGAAUAUUAUCUAAUAUGUUUUCAAUUUUAAUUUUAAUUUUAUAUUUUCAAAUUUAAAUUUUAAAAAUUUUAAUUUUUUAAAAAAAUGAAUUUUUUUUUUAAAUUCCGAGGAAAAGAACCCUCAGAAAUUUCCGACGAACAUUACCUCGGAACAAUUCCGAGGGAUUUUUCCUCGGAAUUUUCCGAGGGCUCCUUUCCUCGGAAAUUCCCGAUGAAAAUUCCGAGGAACAUUUCGUAUGAACUUCCGAGGAUUGGACCAUCGGAAAGUCCAUCGAAAUAUCCCGAGGAAGUGCUUCCUCGGUAUAUUCCGAGGACCUCUCCGACGAACUGGUGGUCCUCGGAGUUUCCUCGGAAAUUCAUUUCCUCGGAAUUCCGUCGGAAAUUUCCGAGAGAUUUCCGAGGAAAAAUGAAUUUCCGAGGAGUUAUUUCUGAGGACAUGUUUCGUCGGUAUGUCGUCGGAAUAACGUUAUUCCGACGACAUACCGAUGAUUUUUUCCCUCGGUACGCCGUUGUUUUCUUGUAGUGUAAGAUACAUCAUCUUUUGUAGCAUUAAAAUCUGCAUAUUAUGAUUUAAAAUAAUUAUUGGUUUGAAUCUACUUUUAUAACUUUAUAUUAUACUAAUAGACUAUAAUAGAUAAUUAAAUUCAUAAUAAUAUACUUUUACAAAAUCCUGUUUACCAUAGGUAUUCAGUGAAUCAGUGUUACUUAAUCUAAAAUGGUAGUACGCAAUAUAUCUAUUGAAAUAUAAUAUUAUGAAAAUAAAACAACAACAUUUAAUUAAAAAAAAAGUUUACUAAUAAAAAUUAUGGUAAAUUUUUUAAGGAAAUAAUAAAGUAAUCUUAUAUAUAUAAAACCAUUGUGAAAAAAUAUAUUCAAAAGGUAAUCCAAUAAAAAUGAAAUAACCAAUUAUACUCUAAAAACUAAAAAAAAAUAUUGGUUUAAUAAUCUUAAUCAGUUUGGAUGAUAUGGUUAGUUUGAUAAAAGUAAUAAUAAAAUGUAUAUAUUUUUAAAUAAUCAAUUUUCAAUUGUUAUUUUAUUUAACUAAAUUUAAAAAACUAAUUUCAAAUCAAUUCAGUUUCACUUUAUCUAAAUCAUGAAUAGGUUUAAAAACUUAUAAAAGUAAAGAAAAGUACCAACAGAUUAAAACAUAUAUAUAUAUAUGAAUGAAAAAUAAUUGUUGAUUUGUAUACUGAAUUCAACUGUAAUUACAAGUAAUUUACUUAAUGAAUUUUCAAUUGUUAUUUUAUUUAACUAAAUUUAAAAACAAAUUUUAACUUGACUCAUUUUUCACAUUAUCUAAGUCAUGAAUAAGUUUAAAAACGUAUAAAAAAAAAGAAAGGUACCAACAGAUUAAAACUUAUAUAUAUAUAUAUAUAUAUGAAUGAAAAAUAAUUGAUGAUUAAUAUACUGAAUUCAACUGUAAUUUACAAGUAAUGUACUUACUUUUUAAUGAAGGUGUAGCAAACAUAAAAAAAUAUUAAAUAGUUACAUUAAUUAAAAAUUAUUUUUUUAAUAAUUUAUCAGGUCUUUUCUACAAAAAUAAAUAUCAAAGAUUAAUAUUAUAUUAUUUUAGAGUAAAUUGAAUAUUCUUACACACAUAUAUUUUUAAUUAUUUUUCAUUUGCUUACCCGUCCGUAGAACGGGCUUACCUUAGUUAUUACAUAAAAGACAUAAGAUAUAUUGGUAUAAUAGGAUAAUUGGUGAUUGAACUAAUUAUAAUUUGUUUGGACGUCACAUGAUGCAAGUUUCUUAUAUUUAUCUUUGUUGCCCAUAUUUAUCUUGUUGAAACUUGAAAUAGAUUAUGCAAUUUCAAUUUCUUGCAUAAUUAUAGGAUGCGAAGCUUAUCGAAGGUUCCAAAGUACUGUAGGCAGAACCGUUUGUUGUGGUUGUUUGCUACGGUAAGAUCUUGACCAUCGAAAAUGUCGUACAUGCAGAACCGUCUGUCGAUCCAAGUGUUUGGAGAGAGUUUCAUCGUGGAAUUCUUAUCCAUGGAGCUGCUCAUCAAUAUCGCAUAUGUUGCAGGUAGUUGAUCAUCAUAUGUAAUAAAGUUAAAAAUUAUAUGAUGAUGUAAUGUGUUAUCCCGUGUUAAAAAAAAUAAACUUGAAGUAGAUAUAUAAAAAAGAAAAAGAAAACCUUUUUUUUUUGUCAACAAGGAAAAAGAUAACCAUAAACUUCGAAACCGCCGUAGAAAAUAACGUUGGUAAGUUAGAAACCCCAAUUUCUCUCAAGAAACACAAACAAUGACUAUUAUCUCCGACCUUUCGUGGGAUUUGGUAGAGAAGAUACUCGCUAGGGUUCCCAUAUUUUCUGUAGGAGCUGUGAGAUCCACUUGCAAACAAUGGAACCGUUUAUCCAAAGUUAGGGUUUUGUGUAAAGCAGAAGCGAAGAGGCAUCAGUUUCUAUGCUUCAUGUUGAAGAACUAUAAGCUUUGUUCAAUGAGAUUCGAUCUCCAUGGAAUCCUCCACGGAGAACAAUUCGUGGAUCCAUCGAUAAGGGAGAUCACCGGUGAUUCACUUAUUCAUGUCAAGGUAACCAAAGUAUUUCAUUGUGAUGGCUUAUUGUUAUGCGUUACCAAGGACAAAGAGGAGAACAAAACAAGCCUCGUGGUCUGGAACCCAUAUUUAGGACAAACCAGGUGGAUCCAACCCAAAAAUUAUUACUACAGGCUAGACGUUUAUGCUCUCGGAUAUGACAUCAAUAAACGUAAACACAAAAUCUUGAGGUUCUUCGCGGAUGCCUACAAUGUUUCUCUGUACGAAAUCUACGAUAUUUGUUCUGAUUCAUGGAGAGUUCUUGACAUCACUCAGGACUGGGGCAUAAUGUUUUAUCAUCGUGGUGUGUCUUUGAAGGGAAAUACUUAUUUUUUUGCUAAAGAAAAAAUAGUAUUGGAAGCUGGAGGACCGGAAUCUAUAGCCGAGCCCCAUGCUAUCUUACUUUCUUUUGAUUUUACUAAAGAGAGAUUUGGACCACCUCUGCCUCUGCCGGUUGAGCACUAUAUUGAAGAUACCGGAACACUCUCUUCUCUUAGAGACGAGAAACUGGCAGCCUUAUAUCAGUCCUCAAGUAUGUGUAACGUGAAGAUUUGGGUGACAACUAAGAUUGAGCCCAAUGCAGUGUCAUGGGUUCCCUUUUUAGAAAUUGACUUGGAACCAUUAAGAGGUUUUGAAUUCCAGUUUCACCAUUAUGGUGCCAGUUUCUUCAUUGACGAAGAGAAGAAAGUCGCUGUAGUUUUUCAAAUUGACGAAUCUGAAAUGACCUGCUAUGACACAGCUUACCUCAUUGGGGAGAAUGGAUACUUUGAAAAAAUAGGUCUGGGAGAAGCUGACAAUCACUUAGACUCCAUUCCCAUGGAAGACUAUUGCCCACUCGUGUGCUCUUGCUCCUAUGUUCCAAGUUUAGUGCAUAUCAACAACGAAUUUGUCAAAGACAAAGCAAACGAAGGAGAUCAUCACUAACUAUGAUGAUAAUGUUUUAUUUGUUCUUUUUUUAAUCUCUUCUCAUUUGUUUUUUUUUUUUGAAAUAUCUUUUAGACAAGACUAUUGGCUUUCCCAUGGAUCCUUUACACUCUAGUAUCUGCUUUCAUCUGUUUCCGUAUAUGCAUUUUGGAUACUGGAACAACUAGAUCGAGAGAUGCAACAAAGGGGUUCAGGUCUGAAUCUUUGACUAGAUCGAAACUAGUCUUAUUACCUAAGAUAAAUGUUUGCACACAACAGCUAAUACGAGACGCAUCCAUGUUUUGUUGUUCUCUUUGUAACAUGACCAUAAUGACUAUAGGAUUCAUCAAGAAAAGGCUAGAUAGACGUUAAAAGAUACAGAUCUACUUAUCUCUUCUUGCAUGCAGCAUGCGUCCAUCUUUUUUAAAGAAUAUUAUUGUGUUCCUGUCAUAUCCAUAUCCGGAGUUUUUAACACACAAAAAGUUCCCUCAUGAACGAAAACACUCUUCGACCUAAACUAAAUUAAGCAAAUAAAUAUUUUGAAAAGAGAUUCAUGAUGACUGCUUCAGCCACUACUGCAACGAAAGCGCCUUUAGAUUUUGAGCAAAUUCGUGAGAGUUUAGCUUCUCAUUCAUCACUCUGAAUUUGAUGCAGCGUAGCAUCCUAUUUCUAUUAGGCUUUGGUUUUCUAAUUUCCUUUUUAUUCUUGUUUUAGAUAAACAUUAGUAUCCCCUAUUUAUUAUUUGAGAAGCAUUGCAACAUUUUUUUGUAGCCACGUGUCAUCACUAGAAUGAUUCUUAGAAUCCUUAGAGAAAUAUGUUGGUCAAUCUAAAUAUAUAAUAAACUUUUUAUUAAACCACAAUAAAUAUAUUAUUAAUGUGCUUCAUUCUUUCCUUAAAUAAGAAUACGAAAUUGCCUAAUGUGACUAAAGUAUAUAUAUGACAAU